AUGGAUGUCACCUCCAAACCUUACCUCUCCCCCCCCAGGCCGGUCACCUCCUACCCGCAGCAGCAGCACAACAUCUACCCGCACCCGCACCCUCAUGCUCACCACCCGCUCCACCCGCUCCAUCCACGUCACCGUCUCUCAAACCCGGCCCCCUUCACCUCUACCUCUGCCUCGAGCUCGACCUCCAACGUCUCCAUCUCCAGGGACAAGGAUCUGCACAUCCACAUCUACUGCGCUUCCUGCUCCCGUCCACGAGCUGUCCGCGACUGCUUCGCCUGCACUGAGUGCAUCUGCGGUGUCUGCAGAGACUGUGUGCCUGCUCUCUCCCUCUCCAUGCACUCGGCUGCAGGUUCCCCGCCGUCCUCGUCCUCCACCGUCGGUGCAAUGGGCAUUUCCGUCCUCAAUCUGGGUCCCACCAGCAGCCCUCGCUCCGGAGGUGGCAGCGCAGCCGUGAACAGGCUUGCCCGCAGCAACAGCACCAACACGACAAUGUCCAACCACUCCAGCAUCCACGCAAACGACACGGCCACGGAUGCCCCAGGUGCGGUGUUGUCGGCGGCAAAUGGAGAGCUUUCCAGCUAG